AUGUUGAGGGAUUUCAAAUUCCUCCGCUCAAAUUCCCAAAAGAAAGAAGAGCCCGAGAACGUGCCGCCGAUGAACCCAAAGGACUUAUCGGCGAUCCGAAUCAGCUCCGAGUCGUCUAGAGCUCCAUUUAACCCGAUUCAAGAGCUCGGUCAGCUUCCCAAGCCAGAACAAGAAGUGGGUAUUCGGAGCAGGGUUGAAAAGACACCAACUAAGGCUUCCAAGGCUAAAACUUCUGAUCCCACGUUGCCUCUUCGGACCCCCGACAAGCACGGACCUGGGUUUUCUACCCGGAAACGAUUUGGCUGGGCCCAGAAGACUGAACCCAGUUGUAUGACCACCGGUGAUUCGCAUGAAGAUGGGGCUAAUUGUUCGACCCAAGUGAGCAGAGGAGGUGGUGGUACUGGAAAUGGGGGUUUGGCAAAUGUGACUCCUCGGGUAAUGAGGACAGCUGGGAGGGCUGUUUCGAGUUAUUCGGAGAGUAAUUCAACGCAGACAACACCGACCAAGAGUGUUUCAAAGCCUCCGAAUUCGGGUUUUCGGAAUAAAGUUGAUGGAAGUGUUGGUCCUCGAGGAGGGAACUAUGCCGCAAUGUAUAAAGGGAUUCCCAUUUCUUGUGGUCCAUCUACGGUGGUUAAUACAGUGGAAGUGCCUCACUUUGAUCUCAAGGAAGAUCCCUCUUUCUGGAUGGAUCACAAUGUGCAGGUUCUUAUUCGUGUCCGUCCUCUCAAUAGCAUGGAGCGGAGUAUGCAUGGUUACAGUAGGUGUUUGAAGCAAGAAAGUGCUCAGACAAUUUCUUGGAUUGGGCAACCAGAAAGUCGGUUCACAUUUGAUCAUGUAGCCUGUGAAACAGUUGAUCAGGAAAUGCUUUUCAGGAUGGCUGGUCUCCCGAUGGUAGAGAAUUGCUUGUCAGGGUAUAAUAGUUGUAUGUUUGCCUACGGUCAGACAGGAAGUGGAAAGACAUAUACAAUGCUUGGGGAGAUUGAAGACUUAGAAACCAAGCCCAGUCCACACCGUGGAAUGACGCCCCGCAUUUUCGAAUUUUUAUUUGCAAGGAUUCAAGCUGAAGAGGAAAUCCGGAGGGAUGAGAAAUUAAAAUACAAUUGCAAGUGCUCUUUCUUAGAGAUUUACAAUGAACAAAUUACGGAUCUCCUUGAUCCAUCAUCUACCAAUUUACUUCUGCGGGAGGAUGUUAAGAAGGGUGUUUAUGUAGAAAAUCUCUCUGAAUUUGAAGUUUGUACCGUGAGCGAUAUCCUGAGGCUUCUAAUCCAGGGUUCUUCAAAUAGGAAAGUUGCUGCAACAAACAUGAAUAGAGAAAGCAGUCGUUCACACAGUGUCUUUACUUGUGUAAUUGAGAGUAGAUGGGAAAAAGAUUCCACAGCUAAUCUACGUUUUGCUAGACUGAACCUAGUUGAUCUGGCUGGUUCAGAAAGGCAGAAAGAUUCUGGUGCUGAGGGUGAACGGUUAAAGGAAGCUGCUAAUAUUAAUAAAUCACUAUCUGCACUGGGUCAUGUUAUAAUGGUUCUAGUGGAUAUGGCACAUGGGAAGCUGAAACAUGUACCGUAUAGAGACUCUAGGCUAACCUUCCUUCUACAGGACUCACUCGGUGGAAACUCCAAAACAAUGAUCAUUGCAAAUGUCAGCCCUUCUAUCUGUUGUCAAGCUGAAACACUGAAUACCCUUAAGUUUGCUCAGCGAGCAAAGCUUAUUCAAAACAAUGCUGUGGUGAAUGAAGAUGCUACAGGCGAUGUCAUUGCCCUACAACACCAAAUACGACUUUUAAAGGAGGAGCUUUUCAUUCUUAAGCGUCACAAUGUCUCCCGAUCUUUAUCGUUUGGUUCGACCAAUAUUGAAGACACACAAGUACGAAAAAUUGAUUGUAAUGGAAAUGUAUGUGAAAUGGACCUCGAGUGUGAUGAUGAUUUUCUGGAAAAUGGAUCAAAAGGAACUGUGAGACUUUCCACCAAACAGUUAAAAUCUUUGGAGACAACACUUGCGGGUGCCUUGAGAAGGGAGCAGAUGGCAGAAACUACCAUCAAGCAACUUGAAGCUGAAAAAGAGCAGUUGAACCGUUUGGUUCGUCAAAGAGAGGAAGACACCAGGUGCACUAAAAUGAUGCUUCGGUUUCGGGAAGACAAAAUUCAGAAAAUGGAGUCACUUAUUAGUGGUUCUAUUCCUGUGGAGACUUACUUACUGGAGGAGAACAAAACACUCUCUGAACAGAUUCUGCUACUUCAAGCAAAACUUGAUAAGAAUCCCGAAGUAACUCGCUUUGCAUUGGAGAAUAUAAGGCUUUUGGACCAACUUAGAAGGUUUCAAGAUUUUUAUGAAGAAGGGGAGAGAGAGAUACUCUUAGAUGAGGUAUCUAAACUGCGAGAUCAGUUGCUUCAAUUUCUUGAUGGACACUCUAAGAACCCUAGCAUUCCAAAUUUUAGUAUGAAACCUCAGGAAACCAUGUGCACGAACAAAGAGAAUGAUUCCCUCAAUUCAGAGUUAAAGAAUACUCUCCAUGAGUUAGAGGAAUGCAGGCGGAACUUAAAUAAUUGUAUGGAGGAUAAUGCAAAACUCAGCAGGGAAAUUGAUGAUCUGCGCACAAUGCUGAACAAUCUCAAGCCCCUUGAUCAACAUGGCGGUGUAGCUUUGGAGGUGCACAAUGCGGUUCAAAUUGAGGAGAUAGAACGGAAGGAUGACCCUCUAAGAAAACAUGCGGAAGAGAUUUUGAAUUUACAGCUAGAAUUGGAUAUACUGAAUAUCAUUCUUAAAGAAGAGAGGACUACUCAAGAGGAAAGGGUGUUUUUCUUAAAUAGAGAUCUUCAGCUGGCAAAUGAAGAACUUUUUCUGAUAAGCAAACAACAUGAUGAUGCAAACAGCAAAUUGCAAGAGGCUAAGUCUAUUAUUGAAGCUCUCGAGUCUCAGCAAAUUCUAUCAAUCAAUGAGCUUGAGGAUAUGAGGAAUAGUAACAAUCAUUAUGUGCAGCUUUUGAGUGAACAGGAGCUUGAAUUGAGGGCUCUGAAGGAACAACGUAAUUUUAAGGAGUUUAGAGACUUAUCACCUUUGAACUGCUCAAACAAUCAUGACUCGCCAUUACAGGGAAAUUUGAAAAGGAUGCAAGAUUCCCUUGAAAAAGCAAAGAGACUGAAUACGUGGUACCAAAGUGAUCGUGCAUUUCAAGUGUCAAAUGAAGAAGAAAUGGAUGAAGUCCGCAGGCAGGCUGAGGCUGAAACUGCUGAGGUGAUUGUCUGUAUGCAGGAAGAACUUGGCAUGCUUCAGCAGCAAAUUCAUGAUAGCCAUUUGAAAGAAUUGGAGAUGAACAAAAAUGUAAUGAUUCUGGAAGCUGAACUGAAGGAUGUGCGAGAAAAGUUGUACAUGUUGAACAAAGAUAAUGAAAGGUUAGGUAAAGAGCUUGAGGAGAAAGUUGGGGAAGCAAGAACAUUAUCAGAAGAAUGGGCAUUAUUGUCCAGUGAGAUUGAAGAAGUUCUUUCUGAUGGGUGUGAGGUACUAGAUGGUGCCUCUGAUCAACUUGACCUUAUAUCCCAUUCCUUUCCGCAGAAAAGGAUUUGGAUUUCGCAACAAGUUGGAAGAAUUGUACAAACCAUCUGUGAAAAGGAAUUUUUGAUUGAAGAAUUGAGGAAGUGUCUAGAGGAUGCAAACAACAAGAAAAGUGAUGUGGAGUGCAUGCUGAAGUCUUUGAGAGGAGCGGCACUAGUUAUUACUGAAGCACAUGAGCAGGAAUGUCGUGAAAAGGAGACAGAAAUGGUCAUGAUUACAACGCAGUUGAAUGCAAAGACAUCUAAAGUGGAAAAGCUGGAGAAUAGAGUAAAGCUGCUUGAAGAUCAGAUAAGAAAAACAUCAGUUUGUGCAACAGGUGCUUUCGUUGUUGUGAACAGGUUAGAAGAGAUGAAACUUGAUUAUGAAGACGCUUUAAAGCAUAAGAAUAUUCAGCUUAGUGAAUCAGAAGACUUGAUCUCGAUGAAGGUUGCCAUUCUCAAUGAUCAGGCAACUGUGAUAGCAGAAGGAGAGAAAAAAAUUCAGUCUCUAAGUGGGGAAGUUGAAGAGUGGGAGAGAACCUGCACCAAUCUAAGGCAGGAGCUUUCUGAGGAGCGGCAACGUGCUUGCACUAUAGAACAGAAGCUUGAAGAUGUUGAAGAGAAAAACAUUUUGAUGACAAGGAGAAACUAG